AUGGACAGCCUUUUGCUUCGCGACGAUGCGGCGCGCAACCGGGUUCGGCAGGCAGCCGAAUUUCUCGAUCCCAGCGACCAGAAUGUGCGCAGCUACCGGCCAGACAUCAUCGUGAUGCUGCAGAAAAACCAACGGCGGCUGGUGGUCAACCUAGACCACGUGCGCGAUCACAACGCGGAGAUGGCAGAGGGCCUGCUGAUGCAGCCGUUUGACUUUACACUCGCGUUUAACCACGCGCUGAAGCAGAUCGUCAAGACGGUGCCGCAGGCGCGGGCAGAGCAGACGGACGACGAGGUGCCGUACUACUGCGCAUGGGCGGGCAGCUUUGGGCUGCACACAUGCAAUCCGCGGACGCUGUCGUCACAGCACCUGAACCAGAUGGUGUCGAUUGAAGGCAUCGUGACGCGGUGCUCGCUGAUCCACCCAAAGGUAGUCAAGAGCGUGCACCACAGCGAGGUGGAGGACAAAUUUUACUACCGGGAGUACCGGGACCAGACGAUGACGAACGGGGUGACGACGUCGAGCGCGUACCCGCAGCAGGACGAGAAGGGCAACGCGCUGGUGACGGAGUACGGUCUGUCGACGUACCGGGACAACCAGACGGUGUCGAUCCAGGAGAUGCCGGAGCGAGCGCCGGCCGGCCAGCUGCCACGUGGCGUGGACGUGAUGCUGGACGACGACCUAGUGGAUCGGGUCAAGCCGGGCGACCGGGUGCAGCUGGUGGGCAUUUUCCGGACGCUGGGCAACCGCAACACGAACCACAACAGCGCGCUGUUCAAGACGAUGCUGCUGGCGAACAAUGUGGUGCUGCUGUCGUCCAAAGCGGGCGGCGGGGUGGCGACAGUGGACAUUACGGACACGGACCUGCGCAACAUCAACAAGGUGGCGAAGAAGAAGAACCUGUUUGAGCUGCUGUCGCAAUCGCUGGCGCCGAGCAUCUACGGGCACGACCACAUCAAGAAGGCGGUGCUGCUGAUGCUGCUGGGCGGGGUGGAGAAGAACCUGGAGAACGGGACGCAUCUGCGAGGCGACAUUAACAUCCUGAUGGUAGGCGACCCGUCGACGGCCAAGUCGCAGAUGCUACGGUUUGUGCUGAACACGGCGCCGCUGGCGAUCGCGACGACGGGACGGGGAUCGUCAGGCGUCGGUCUGACGGCAGCGGUGACGACGGACAAGGAGACGGGCGAGCGGCGACUAGAGGCGGGCGCGAUGGAUCCGCACAAGAACAUUGCGCUGCCGGACUCGCUGCUCUCGCGUUUCGAUCUGCUGUUUGUGGUGACGGACGACAUCGAAGACGCACGUGACCGGCACAUUUCAGAGCACGUGCUUCGCAUGCACCGGUACCGUCAGCCGGGUACGGAGGAAGGCGCGCCUGUGCGCGAGACGGGCGGCCAGUCGCUGGGUGUGGGCAUGCAGAGCCAGAGCGACGCAGCAUCGCAGCGGCCGGUCGACGUGUACGAGAAGCACAACGACAUGCUGCACUCGGGGGCGCUGGCCGGGGCAGCAGCAGCGGGUGGGCGACGAGGCAGCGAGAGAGCAGCGAGCCGGAAGCGGGAACUGCUGAGCAUUCCGUUCUUGAAAAAGUACAUCCAGUACGCCAAGACACGAGUGCGACCAGUGUUGACGCAAGAGGCGUCGGACCGGAUCUCGGACAUUUACGUGGCGCUGCGCAACGACGAGAUGGAGGGCAACCAGCGACGAACGAGUCCGAUGACGGUGCGGACGCUGGAGACGCUGAUCCGGCUGGCGACAGCACAUGCCAAGUCGCGGCUGUCGAACCGGAUCGAGGAGCGUGACGCAGCGGCAGCCGAGGCGAUCCUGCGCUUUGCGCUCUUCAAAGAGGUGGUGGAGGACGAGUCGCGGCGGAAGAAGCGCAAGACGCGGCCGAUGGAGGAAGAUCGGUCGAGCAGUGACGAGGAAGAGGAUGAGGAUGAAAACGAAGAUGGGGACGACGGGGGCGACGAUGCGGACGAUCGUCGGCGUGCCGGUGCGACAGCCUCGCGAUCAACCCGAGCAGCAGCACGAUCGGCGAGAGGGCAGGAAGCAGUAGCAGCAGCAGCAGAAGAAGAAGAGGAGGACAGCGAGAUGAGGACCGCAGCAGCGACGCCGCUUCGACGGUCUGGUCGAAGCGGUGCGACGGCGACGACGACGUCACAGUCCAGCGUGUCGUUUGCGUCUUCGCUGCCGGCAUCGCGUCUGGUCGGCUCGCAGACAGAGACGUCGCAGGCACGAACAGACGAGGAGGAGGAGGAGGAGGAUGAGCUGGCCAGCGGGGCGGCAGCACUGCGCAUCGGGACAUCGACUGCAGGGACAUCCGUUGCAGGGACACCGAUCAGCGCUGCUCGGCUGGCGACAUUCCGGCGCGUCUUGGGACAGCUGCAGUCGACGAGCCUGUUCGAGAACGAGACGGCCGACGUGGACGCCAUCGUGACGGCGGUCAACGGCAAGGUCGGGUCACAGGGCGGCGCUUUUAGCCGCGAAGAGGCCGUCAAGGCGCUCGAGAAGAUGGACAAGGACAACCAGAUUAUGUAUCCGGGCGGGAAUGUUGUCUACCAGAUCUGA